GAAGUGGAGUUUGUGCGUCUUGUUGUGCGUCCGUGGACCAACAGCAACAGCAGCAGCAGCAGCAGUGGUGCGCUUUUUUUUUUUCCUCCUCCAGACCUGCAGGCAUCCCGGGGAGAAGCCUAACCCUAACCCAUGCCUCGGACACCACGGAGGAGGAUGAUAUUUGCUUUCUUUUCUUCUUGUUCUUUAUCAUUUUGACUGAUUGAGACAUACAUAUCUUUCAUUUCCCUAAUGGUAACCAACACCGAGCAGCCGGAGACAUGUGGAAUAAUCUGGGGAAAGUGCACCGUGUCUCACUAGUGUGUCUUCUCCUGACGCUGUGUGCUGAGGUGUCUCAGUCUACGGGCUACUUCGAGCUGCAGUUGAUUUCGGUGGAAAACCCCAAAGGUCAGCUCCUAAACGGCGACUGUUGUGACGAGGAGAAAAGCGCGGCGGAGGGCCACUGUGGCUCGGACGAGUGCGACACCUACAUCAGAGUGUGUUUAAAGGAAUACCAAACGGAGGUCACGACCAAUGGACCGUGCACCUACGGCUCGGAAACUACUAAAGUUAUCGGUGGGAAUACUUUUCAGUUCAAAGGCAGCCAGAAAAGCGGACAGAACCGAAACAACGACGCUGGGAAGAUCACCAUACCCUUCCAGUUCGCGUGGCCGCGAGCGUACACUGUGAUAGUGGAGGCGUGGGACAGGGACAACGGCACACACAGUAAUGAUGAUGAGCUGCUGAUCGAGCGCAGCUUCUACAAAGGGAUGAUCAACCCCGGCGAUGAGAAGCAGCCGGUGGAGUAUAAAAGCUUGGUCGCUAACAUCGAGUACACCAUCCGCGUGCGCUGCGACGAACACUACUACGGCAGCAAGUGCAACAAAGUGUGCCGUCCCCGAGACGACUACUUCGGCCACUACCUCUGCGACCAGCAUGGGAAUCGAGGCUGCAUGGAGGGCUGGGAGGGGGAGGACUGCAAAACAGCCAUCUGCAAACAAGGAUGCAGCCUCCAGCAUGGGACGUGCAGCGUGCCGUCGGAGUGCAAGUGUAACUACGGCUGGCAGGGUCCGUUCUGUGACGAGUGUUUGGCGUAUCCCGGCUGUGUUCACGGUACCUGUGACGAGCCCUGGCAGUGCACCUGUGAGAAGAACUGGGGAGGCCUGCUGUGUGAUAAAGAUCUGAACUACUGUGGGACCAACCGGCCCUGUAAAAACGGAGGCACGUGCAUGAACACGGAGCCAGACGAAUACAACUGCGCCUGUCCAGACGGAUAUUCUGGCAAGAAUUGCGAAAUCGCCGAGCACGCCUGUGUGUCUAACCCCUGUGCCAACGGAGGGACGUGCCACGAAGUCCCGUCAGGUUUCGAGUGUCACUGUCCGGCUGGCUGGUCAGGGCCGACCUGUGCUAAAGACACAGACGAAUGUGCCUCCAGCCCCUGUGCUAAAGGUGGGACCUGCAUCGACAUGGAGAACGGCUUCGAAUGCCUCUGUCCUCCACAGUGGACGGGCAAAACCUGCCAGAUAGACGUUAAUGAGUGUGCGGUGAAGCCUUGCCUCAAUGCUUACUCUUGCAAAAACUUGAUUGGUGGAUAUCUCUGUACCUGCUUUCCUGGAUGGGUGGGCCAGAACUGUGACAGCAAUAUGAACAGCUGCCACGGACAGUGUCAGAACGGAGGGACCUGCAAGGAGGUGGCCAGAGGCUAUCAGUGCGUUUGCCAGCAGGGUUUCGUAGGUCGACACUGCGAGAUUCAGAGGAACCGAUGUGCUAGUAGCCCGUGCAGGAACGGCGGCCGCUGCCACGCCUUGCUGGACGGAUUCAUGUGUGAAUGUCUGCAGGGCUUCGCUGGUACAACGUGUGAGGUGCAGAACAACCCGUGCAGCCCGAACCCGUGUCACAACAAGGCCCAGUGCCACAGCGUGAUGGGAGAUUUCUACUGCAGUUGCCCCGACGACUACGAAGGCAAGACGUGUUCAGAGCUGAAGGACCACUGCAAGACCAACCAGUGUCAAGUGAUCGACAGCUGCACGGUUGCCGUGGCGACUAACGACACCCAGAAGAGGGUGUGGCACAUCUCAUCCAAUGUGUGCGGACCUCACGGACACUGCAUCAGCCUGCCUGCCGGGAACUUCAGCUGCUCCUGUGAGCCGGGAUUCACUGGCACCUACUGCCACGAGAACAUCAAUGACUGUGCAUCAUCUCCGUGCAAGAACGGAGGCACCUGCAUCGAUGGGAUCAACUCCUUCCAGUGUUUCUGCCCGGACGGCUGGGAGGGCAGCUUGUGUGAUGUUGAUGUGAACGAGUGCAGCAGGAACCCGUGUCAGAACGGAGGCCAGUGCGUCGACCUGCUCAACGACUUCUACUGCAACUGUGUCGACAACUGGAAAGGAAAAACCUGCCACUCACGUGAGAGCCAGUGUGACUCCACCACCUGCAGUAAUGGAGGGACGUGUUACGACCACGGAGACUCGUUCCUGUGUAGCUGCCCCUCAGGCUGGGGUGGCAGCACCUGCAACACAGCCAAGAACAGCACAUGUGACUCCGGUCCGUGUGAGAACGGAGGAACGUGUGUCGGAGGAGGAGACGCCUUCACCUGCAUCUGCAAGGACGGCUGGGAGGGACCCACCUGUGCACAGAAUGUUGAUGACUGCAAUCCACAUCCCUGCUACAACGGAGGCAUCUGUGUCGACGGUGUGAACUGGUUUCGUUGCGAGUGCGCCCCAGGAUUCGCCGGACCGGACUGCCGCAUCAAUAUAGACGAGUGUCAGUCGUCUCCGUGUGCAGAAGGUUCGACCUGCAUGGACGAAAUCAACGGCUACCGAUGUGUUUGUCCUCCUGGACACGCUGGACCUCGCUGUCAAGAGUUCAUCGGACUCGGGAAGUCGUGCCGUCACACCGGCCUUCAGUUUCCUCACGGCAGCCGAUGGGAGGAAGAGUGUAACGCCUGUCAGUGUGUCAACGGAUACGUUCGCUGCUCAAAGGUGAGGUGCGGUCGGCGGCCCUGCCUCCUCCCGAAGGCUCUUCCUCCCGCCGACACCAAAGCUCCGUCGUGCCCCGGUGGUCACGAGUGUGUGGAGCAUCAGUUCCUCACCUGCUUCUCGCCGCCCUGCCACCAGUGGGGCGUGUGUUCGACGCCGGACCCCCCGACGCCCCUGCAUACCCAGUGUGAGCCGAACAGCGAUUACCUAGACAACAGCUGCGCUCGCAUCACGCUCAUCUUCAAAAAAGACAAAGUGCCAGAGGGCACCACAGUGGAGAACAUCUGCUCCGAGCUGAGGUACCUCCCUGUGACUCAGACGCUGGCCGAAGAGCGAGGGCUGCUCAUCCUCUGUGACCUGUCCUACACCAACAAUGAUGCUGUGGAAGUCGCAAUGUCCUUCGAGCAGGACGGACCGUCGAAGGAAAGCAACCGCGGGCAGAUUCAGAAGGCGGCUAACGGCGUCAUCGGAGCGCUCUCCAAACGGCAGAACAGCACCAUCAUGCUGGCUGUAGUGGAGGUCAAAGUGGAGACGGGGCUGGAGAAUCAGUCUGAUGGUUACUUGGUCCCGGUGCUGUGCGUCGUCUUCAGCGUCCUCUGGAUCUUCUGCAUCGUCGUCUGCGUUUGGUGGACGCGCAAGAGGAAGAAAGAGCGCGAGAGAGCGACCCGAUCCGAAGACACGACCGUCAACAACCAGCUGGAGCCGCUGCGGAGCAGCGCCCCCAAAGACAACCGAGACAAAUACAUUCAGUACGAAUGCAAGAAACUGAUGGGCCCGUCCGACAGAGCGUGCGACGGGGCCGAGGGCGAGGAGGAAGGGGAGCAGGAGGCGGAGCAGCAGGAGGACGACGAGGAGAGGGCGAUGGGGAUGGGGGAGAAGUGUCCACCCGUAAAAUGCUCGAUAGCGGGGGGGCAGGACAGGGGGGGGAUGGGUAAGGGAGGGGUCAUCUGCACGACGCGCAGCGGUCCGGCCAAGGCGCCGCACCGGACGGCGUACAGCCCCAAAGACAACCGGUGUAAAAACCUGAACGCCGCCAAGCUCAGCGAGGACAUUAAAGACCAUUAUGUAUGA